CGAUUCGCUCUCAUCGACCUUCGCCUUAGAGAUUUCGCCUUAUUCUGAUUAGGUUUCUCUCUUUACUUGGUAUCCUAGGUUUGAAUCUAUUCUUCAUUCUGAUUUACAUGGAUGUACAACUCGGUGAAGCAUCACAACAACCCAACAAGGAUGUUACGCAAAGGCUGAAGAAACUGAUGGUCGGUCUGCGAUCGGAGUUCGGAGGGCCUGAGUCUGCAAUAGGUAUGUGGACGAUUGUGGUGGAAGACGAUGGUGAUUGGUGGCGGUGUUGGAGGUUGAAGAUGACAAACGGUUUCCAAAUCGCUUGAAGGUUGGAAGCCAUCUUGCUUGGAAGCCAGCGAUUGAAGGGACGGGGUGAGAGACAUGCACAACAACAACAAAUAGCUCUGUUCAUGACUCGAAGGGGAAGAGACCACCGGAACCCCUAUAUCUCGAUUUCCAAUUUCUUUGGGCCCUACACACAGGAUACAUAUUGCCUCGAUUUUCAACCAAUUUAGCACAACACAUAACCAUUUGAAGAAAACUCUGGUCUUCUACCGAGGCAAAGCCCCAAACGGGUCUAAAACCAAUUGGAUCAUGCAUGAGUACAAGCUUGCUAAUUCUAUUAAGAAUUGCGUGAUUUUAGUUUGUUUUUGAAGAAAAGUGGAAGAAAAAGUGGUGAGAACGAUGUUAGAUAAAGGUGAUCUCUCAUGGCAGAUGAAGGUGAAGAGAGCAGUAAAUAUAUGCCCAGGGAAUUUAAGAAUUUGUUGCUGAGUUUACUUACAGUAGUUUAAGUAGUAAUGUAAGGUUCGUUUUUUUUUUUAAACUAAGGAAGCUAGUUGAAGUCUGUAAUCGGAAGGUUUUUUACGUUGUGUUCGUGAACUUGAAUCUAAACAUGAAGACAUAUAGAGAAGAAUGAGAGAAAGGUUUAUGAGAUGG